AUCACAACUGUCAAUGGUACAAAUGGGGGCAAAACAGCUGUUGAUGAAUACAGAGCUCUGACGUUUCUUUUGCCAAUUUACAAGAGUAUAACAUCAAAAAUUAUGUGAUACAAAUGCUGCAUCAGGAGGACGUUGCUUUUUACGAGGUUUUAGGCAAACAUUAAUGAACAAAUCUAAAUGGGAAAGUUAAUCUAAUUAUUAGCGGUCGGGGCGUAUGUGGCAAAAACUAUAAAUAAGUAGCAUUCCGCUGCUAGGAAUAAUAUCACACAAUUAGUGUAAUUUAUUGAGAAUUCGUUUUCCGGAGUAGAGGUAUCGUUAACAUCUUCAACAAAUACAUUCUUAACGGUUAUUAGAUACUUUUACUGAUAAGAAUUAAUGGAAAGUAACAGUACGGGUGAUGUACUAUUGCCAGAGAACGGUUUGUUACUCGCUCGCAUUGCAUGGACAUAAACUAAUCAGUGAACCAUAUAAUUUUGAAGCUAUCGAAGUAUAUAGCCUACUUGAUGGGAGUAUCGUCAGAAUACACAAAGACGGGAGAAGUUGAAGGAGAUUUUGGAACACAAAUCACAAAAUUAUAUUGCUGAUUUCUAGGAGGUUAUAUAUAAUAUAAUUCAACAAAACGUACUGAAGGUGGUACAUUACAGUGAUCAAAUUAAUGGUAUGGAAGGAGUUUGUCCUUUAUAUUAUCGAUGAAUGAACUGAGGGAGCCUCCAUAGAAAUCGAUGCUCUGGUGAAGUGAAUUUACACGGUUAGCAAUCCUGUUGUGAGGUCAUGGAAGACGUAGUUUUUCUGUGUCUUUGUUGUUUUAAGUUUUCGUGAUUGUCUCAGCGAGAAUGCCGUAGGAGCAAACUCAAAACUACCAGGAAUCUCUGGGGCAUCAAUUAGGUUGUUAGCAACCUUAAAGUAAAAGACUAGUUCAGCGACUUGACGACGUGUAGCUAGGCUGUUGAUUUUAUAGCGUGAACGAAUAUCAUCAGUGGAGAGGACCUGCGACCUACAGGUUGUAUGAAAGGAUAUAUACUUACAGAAUUUAUUUUGGACAUUCUCCAAUCUGUUGAUUGAGACAUCAGUGUGAGGAGACCAGACUACAGUGCCCCAAAAAGUUACAACUAUCUAAUCGAGCAGCCUAAAUAUUAUUUAUCAAAUAAUCCUUUAUUGAAGUAACUAAGCUCUAAUGAAUAAAUGUGCAAAGUUCCAGUAAGCUAUUGACCAAACAAUAAAUGAAGUGGACAUAUUGAACGAAAUUUAAAUUUGAAUUUUAUGCAUUGCCAACUGACUCAGAAAAAAUUCCCACCUAUUUCGCAUAAAAAUGCGUUCACGCAAGAUCCUGAUUAUAGCUGGUUUUCUGACAACCUGGACUUUUAUAACAUAUUAUUUUUUAAUACGAAAUAGUACAAUAUACCCCUUAAAGGAUCAUUUGCUCAUCCAAAAAUUAAGUAAAUUGGAACGUGAAUCUCGAAUAGAAAACAUAGAAAACAGUAAACUAGUAAGGCAGCUAAUAGGAAUUUUAAAGAAAAAAAUGACUAUAGGUGAUGUAGAAGAAACACAGCCAUACAAGGAGAAAAAGGAACGCCCUAUAGACAUAGUUCCUUUGCGACCGGAUCAUGCCUUGAGAUUAGAAGAAACGCAGCGAAUAAAAAGCGAUGUCGAAACAAUACCUGAAGAUGAUGUAGGAGUUAGCGGAAAAGGUCCUCCCAUAGCAAUACCCACAAUGACCCAUAUGACUAAUGGCGAACCAGUUAUACCAAUAUUGGUGAUAGCUUGUAAUCGUGUUUCCAUACGAAAAUGUCUUGACAAUUUAGUACAAUAUCGACCAAAUGCUGAUCAGUUUCCAAUUAUAGUAUCACAGGAUUGUAGUGACCAGCAAACAAAGAAAGCAAUUCUAAGUUAUGGGUCACAGGUAACAUUGAUUGAGCAACCCGACCAAUCUGAUAUUUUAACGCCACCACGUGAAAAGAAAUUUAAAGGAUAUUACAAAAUAGCCCGUCAUUACGGUUGGGCAUUGAAUACAACAUUCCAAAGAGGCUACGAAUAUGUCGUUAUUGUAGAGGACGAUUUAAAUGUGGCUCCUGAUUUUUAUGAAUACUUUUUGGGCACGCAUGUUUUACUUAAACAAGAUUCGUCACUCUGGUGUGUGUCAGCGUGGAACGACAAUGGUAAAGAUAAAUUUGUAGACAACACUAAGCCUGAGUUGUUAUAUAGAACCGAUUUUUUCCCGGGACUUGGAUGGAUGCUUACUAAAAAUCUAUGGCAAGAAUUAUCUGUUAAAUGGCCAAAAUCCUUUUGGGAUGAUUGGAUAAGGCAUCCGGAGCAGCGAAAAGAAAGAGCUUGCAUCAGACCAGAAAUAUCGCGAACAAGAACGUUCGGAAAAAUCGGGGUUUCGAAUGGUUUAUUUUUCGACAAAUAUCUUAAGUAUAUUAAACUUAGUGAACAUUUUGUAAAUUUUUCUAAAAUGAAUCUCACUUAUUUAUUAAGAGAAAACUACGAUCGUGUAUUUCUGAAUGACGUUUAUUCUUACCCUAUCGUAACAUAUGAUGAAUUGCGCAGAAGUCUUAUUAAAACUGAUGGACCAGUUCGAAUACAAUAUACAACUAGAGAGCAAUAUAAACAUAUAACAUCAAUUUUAGGACUGAUGGGCGACUUCAAGAGUGGUGUACCGAGGACGGCUUAUCACGGUAUCGUUUCGUUCUUUUACCAAAAACGUCGUGUAUACUUAGCACCAAGCGCGAAUUGGAAGGGCUACGACCUCUCAUGGAGCUAACAGAAUAUUGUACAUAUUUUCAACUUGGGCUAAGUAGCAACAUUUGGUUAUUUGAGAGCCAAUAAUUUUAGUAUAUAAUACCAUGAUUGGCGAAAAGAAGUACCACACAUUAUAUUGAAAGAAAAUUUGUUUGCGUACAUAUUUUUAUGGGCUUAACUUCUAUAAUUGAAAAUUUAUUGUAAAUUUAUUACUAAUAGUAAUAGUAAUAAUAAUUAAUAACCAAAAAUUAAAUUAAGUUACAUAGCUGCGUGAAUGUAAAAUUAGAAGUUGUUGUAUUUAUUUAUAUAUUAAUGAAGCUAGAACUAUACACAUGAAGACAUUGAAGAUAUGUAAUAUAAACACCCUAUUUACACACUGACUUUUGUAAGCGUAAGCAAAACUCUGUAAAUUCCUGUGGGAAAUAUUUUCUAUGAUUCGGUUACAUAAGUUAAUUUUAUUUAAUGUGCUCUCUAGCAAAUAGCUAAUGUAAACAUUGCGAUUUGUUCAAAUUUUGUGUGAUUGACCUUUACGAUAUAGAUAUAUAUACUUAUGUACAUAGAUGAUAAGUUUGCCAAUAUAAAAAAUAAGAUUUUCUGUUAAAUACGUGCGCAUUUGUAUCGUUUCCUAUUUACCAAGAAAAGAACUGUUGUGAUUUGUGUAUGAACGAUUUGUAUUUAGUUGAAAGUUGACAUAUUUUUUAUACAAACCUAGUGAUGCUUCAAUUUACCCAAACUCCUAACUGGUUGCGCUCCGCGUUAAAAGUUACGAGUAGACUUAACCUUUUAAUAGGGAUAAAUAUUUUUGAAUUUAAAUCUGUGGAGAGUUCAAUAUUUGUAUAAAUGUUGCAUUUUGAUUAUAUUAUAUUUUAACAUAAAUAUCACGAAUAAAUACGCUAACAUUGGUCUUCUCUCAUUUGAUAAAGUAA